AUGGGAGAUGAAGAAGGGAUGGUAUUUGAUUUGCCAACGUCAGCAGAAGUGAAUAGGGAUUUAUUUGCAGAAGAAGUUGAGAAUUUAAAGGGUGGGUAUGAUGAUUUUGAUGUUGAUGAGUUUCUUAUGAGGAACAACUUCCAAUAUGUGCAGUUAGAUUCUUUGAUUUCAGAUGUAUCUAAUCUUUCUCGGGAGGUAGUGCAGGCAUUACUGAGUCAAGUUUCAGAUAGGUAUGAUGAUUAUAUGAGUUUUUGCAAGACAUUUGCAGGUGAUGAUAGCGAAACGAUGAUGGAAUUACAACGUACUAGAGAGGAUCUACAUCAAUUCAUGUCGCAACUGGAACAGCUGGCCUCUAGGGAUAUCCCAAGAACAAAGGAAGUUGUUAACGAUGCCAUAGAGUAUUUACAAAAAAUUGAUGAAAUCGUAUCGCUUUUGAAGACACAUGAAGAUUUAAAAGAGACUUUGUCGGUGGCCAAGCAAUUGAGUGAUUCCUUGCAUCAUCUAUGUGGGAAUGAUGAUAUUGAUGAAAAGAUAUGUAAUGAGUUAACCGUCCGAUUACAUUCAUUGGUUCAUAAUUCAAAUAAACUUUUAGAGUCACUUUCAACAUUGGACUCCCCAUACGUGCGUCACAUGCGUAACGAGUACCACUCACUGAUACAGACAUUCCAGAUAGCAUUGAAGCUUCUCACUGCAAGAUGUCUAGAGGAUCCAAAAAGAUAUCCAUUGCUUUCAAAGACAUUGAUCGCAAUCCUUGCGGAAACGAAAGCAUAA